UUAAACUGCAAUUCUUUAAUUGCAUUAAUUAAUGCAUAAUUACAUGAGGUCUCCACAUAAUAACACCCUUUUUUACGUACGGAGAUUUUCAGUGUUUCUUCAACUUGCGCCCCAAGCUUUCAUAUAUAUAUUAUACAGACACGCUGCUUGAAGAGUUUGAUCAAAGUUGUUCAUCUCUCUUUGUGCCGCUUCAGGUGGUUACACAUUUUUCUCCAGAAGGAAAAACAAGCAGAGAAAAUCCGAGAGACAGAUCAAAAUGGUUUGGAUGAGCAGAUGCGGUCUUCUGUUUCUGAUGAUUAUACUUUCGGAUUCCACCAUUUGCCAUUGCUGGGGCUGGUUCUCAUCUUCUUCUGCAGAAACCGGAACUCGCCAUGAAAACACAGAUUCUUCUUGCCCUAAAACUCACCGCUCCAAUUCUGAAUUCUCCAUGGAAGUGUUCAGUGAUCGGAAAGCGGUCCGAGCCCUUGAAAACGCCAAAACUAAGCUCGUGGGUCCGAACAGUUGCUGGCAGAAUGCUUACGCCUAUCUCUUCUCUGGUUGCAAGGAGAUUGUGGCCACCGAAGAGAAGAGGAAGCGAUUCGCUUGGCAUCUGAGCGAUUGCUUCCUUCGGGACUCGGGAAGAAGAGCUUUCCCGACCUGCAGUGAUAAAUCCACAAUGGUGAAUUGCAUCCAGAAACUAGAUGACCAUGAACACAAGAUCUAUCUCGAGUUCUUGCUCGAAACCAACACUAUCUGCUACCAAUUACAGAGCUAUGCGUUCAAAAACGACAUAGAGAGGCUAGUGAAUGAGCUGAGAAAGUCCGCGGAAGAUACAGAGGAUAAACUGGAUAUCCUAGAGAAGAAAUCUGAUGUUCUGAUGGAGAGAUCGAGUGUGAUCCACGAAUCUUUAGGCUCGAUAGAUCUCCGAGUUCAAGGUGUGGCUCAGAUGACAAACACCCUCGAAACUCAUAUGAGUGGACUGUCUCAGCAAGCUGAUGAAAUAUAUCGAGAAGCAAAGAAAAUUGCAGAAUCACAAGGGGUGCUAAGGGAAGGACAAGAGAAGAUGAGUGAGACCUUGAAGGAUGGGAUGGACAUGCUCAGUGAUGCAUACGAUAAUCUCGGGGAAGGAAUCGAAAAAUUAAAGAACGAAACGCAUGAGAUUGAGGGGGAGAUUACCAAACUCGGGAGUUCGAUAUCUUCCAAGAUGAAUGAUCUGCAGAGGAAAACAGAUGAUAUCGGGACUAUGGCCGGUAGUUCUCUGGAUAAGCAACAGAUGCUUCUAGAUGGGCAGUCGGUGGCUCUCGAGGGUCUUCAGUUUCUAACCCAGUUUCAGUCCGAGGCACUGCAAGAGAGCAGGAAUACCUUGGAAAGGUUAGCAGAAUAUAGCCAGAAACAGCAGGAGGAGCUUGUCAAGAGGCAAGAACAGCUUCAGCAGGUUCAUGAUCACCUGUUUGAAAACUCCAAAUCGAUUUUGGCAGCACAGGAAGCAUUUGAGGCGAAACAAGCAAGCAUGUUCAUAGCUCUGGAUAAGUUAUUCGCUUUGCACAAUGCGAUGCUUGUUGAAUCACGGUUGAUUAAGGCCUUCUUCAUCUACUUCAUGUCGAUCUUCGUCAUCUACAUGUUUACCAGUACCAAACAAACUUACACUAUAAGGCCAAGGCUUUACAUCGGUUUGGGCAUCACCCUGGUGUUAGAAGUGAUGACUCUCCGUCUCAUGAACGACACAGAACAGCAGGCAUGGAUGACGACUCUCGUCAGGUCCCUCUUUGCCGUUCUUGCUUCAACUCAGCUUCUUUAUGCAGUUUUCACAUACAGGGACUAUGAAGUAUUAAACCACCAGAUUUUGUUAAGGCUAGUAGAAAAGGUUAACGAUAUUCAGAGCAACACAGAUUCUACAUGGAGCGACAGUGAGGUGGAUUGGUCAUCCUGGAUUGAUGAGGACUUGUCUGAUGAUGAGGACAACCUUAAAGAUCCUGAUUACAGAAUUCCGGAAGAGAUAAAGAACAAUUUGCUUACCUCUUCAGAAACGAGAAGAUCAUAUAGCCUCCGUCACCGAUAG